GUCUUCUUCUUCUUCCUUUAACCUAAUUUUUUUUUCUUUUUUUUCCUUUUCUUCUGGACCAUUGGUUUCGCCGCUUCCGACGCAGCACCGGUGGAAUCAACAACCACAAAAUGACUCUCCCCGCCGAUGGAAUCAGCGAGAUGAACCGAGCAUUGAGCAGAGACAACAAUCGUUAUCAUCUCCUUCCCUGGGACUAUGAAGGGAUUAGAUUGAGUGAUAGAGACUGCGUGUCCGAGUUCGUAGGUGAUGUAGGAUGUUUUCUGGCGGUUCAUGGGUUAGACUAUUCCUAUUUUGCUAACCCUGUGGUUGGUAAUUUGGAUAGUGACCGGAUGAGUCCUCUGAUCCAUCAAGCUCUUCUGAAUCUGGGGAUUGUGACAGAAGAUGUAUUGCCUAGGGGUGUGGAGGUUCCUCCUGAUACUGCUGAUAUUAGGCUUAUUAGGAACAUUGGAUUUUGGAGAAAUAUUCAUCUCACGAGAGGAACGAGGGGGGUCUUAGUUUUACUAGGAAACGAUGGUGCUUUUGUCGACACCAUCAAGUCACUUCAACGUCUUUGUUUCAGCACCGUUCUCAUAUGUGACAACAGAGCCAACUCUAACCUCACAAGUCUGGAAUGGUCGAACUGGUCUACAUUGUCAGACCUCACUGUCAUUCGGUCUCGACAUGGAAUUGUUUCUAACAAUGGACCCGAUGAUGGAGAUGGACGUGAUCCAAAAGAUGGAGAUGGACGUGAUCCAAAAGAUGGAGAUCCAACACACUAUUAUUUCACAUCUGCUAGGCCGCAUUAUAUGUUUGGUUCAUCCUUUGCCUACUACCCUAUUCCUUACCACUUCUCUAGUUUGGAUUUUCUCACCUCUAAGUUGCCCUUGCCAAUAAGUAAUCAUCAGAUUCUGAGAUCGAAUGAGCCUUUUGAGGAAAGCCGGGAGGCUGUAACCUGGGACAUCAAGACGUGUAGCAUUGAAAGUUUCCCCUCUGCAUCAAACUAUCAACAAAAGGAAAUGAGUUUCAACAACGUUCCCGACGUUCCUGGAUCUCCUGGUGUCUAUGCCCUUACUAACAGUCUCUACAAUGUCGAUGGAGGACACUGUUUAACUGGUAUCAAGGAAAAGGUUUACCCGGAAGGCACACAGUUUAUGUUGCCAUGGUUUGAAAGGCCAAUCAUCUGUGACGUUCGUGCCCGACCUUACCUUGUAGAGAGCACCACCGCUAGUCAUGACAUUCAGAUGGUGAAAAUUGGACUAAGCGUGCUCACACGUCCCGUGGGUGAUCGUUUGCCUCAGAUUUACCGAACCACCCUUGGUGAGAAUUACAGUGAAAAGGUUCUUCCUUCCAUCAUCCAUGAAACCCUGAAAGAAGUGGUAGCUCAGUACAAUGCAAGCCAGCUCACAACACAGAGAGAAGCUGUGAGCAGAGAGAUACGCAAGAUUCUGACAGAGCGAGCUUCUAACUUCGACAUUGCUCUUGAUGAUGUCUCCAUCACAACUCUCACAUUUGGCAAUGAGUUCACCGCAGCAAUCGAGGCAAAACAAGUCGCUGCUCAGGAAGCUGAUCGGGCUAAGUUCAUUGUGGAGAAAGCCGAGCAAGACAGGA